AUGCCGGCAACUCUCCGCAAGCAGCGGCAGCGCUGCCGCUGCUCGCGGAGAGGUCCGCGAAGCCUGGGCGCGCUGAUCUCAGCGCGCGCAGGCUCCGGCAUGCCGGCAACUCUCCGCAAGCAGCGGCAGCGCUGCCGCUGCUCGCGGAGAGGUCCGCGAAGCCUGGGCGCGCUGAUCUCAGCGCGCGCAGGCUUCGGCAUGCCGGCAACUCUCCGCAAGCAGCGGCAGCGCUGCCGCUGCUCGCGGAGAGGUCCGCGAAGCCUGGGCGCGCUGAUCUCAGCGCGCGCAGGCUUCGGCAUGCCGGCAACUCUCCGCAAGCAGCGGCAGCGCUGCCGCUGCUCGCGGAGAGGUCCGCGAAGCCUGGGCGCGCUGAUCUCAGCGCGCGCAGGCUCGGCAUGCCGGCAACUCUCCGCAAGCAGCGGCAGCGCUGCCGCUGCUCGCGGAGAGGUCCGCGGAGCCUGGGCGCGCUGA